AUGCGCGUUUUUCUGGUCUUCCUGCUCAUUUUCGUCGGAAUUUCCGCCGGAUGCUCCAACUUUGACAAGUAUUUGAACCUUUUCUGCAAGUACGGAUCCGAAACGAAGCCGUGCACUAUCGAAAAUUGUGGGUUAACUUUUUUGUUGUUGAAUUUUUAAGGGAAAAUACUUAAUUUUUUGCAGACAACGCCUUCAAAUCGGCGUGUUGUGGCCUUCCCGGAUCGUGCAGCUUCUCCGAGUUUCCAAAAGACAAUGUGUGCUGCUUUUCCCAGAAAUGUCUCGCCCGUUGCUUCCCGGACAAGAAGUACCAGCUGGGAACCGUUUAUUAA